ACAUCUCUCUCUUAUCAGAAACACUUUCCAGUCAGUCUCUGACCAGUCACACCGCAACCCAACUCAACACAACACAGACAAUUCUAAAUUUCUCCGCGAAAAUGCUUCGCAUGAUAACCGCGGUGUUACUGUUCUGUUCUACAGCUGACGUAAUUGGAUCACCAAACGCGUAUAAUGUGACAGAAUCUUCUCACACGGAAGCAAAUAUCACUACAAUCCCGAGAGACGUGGAAAAUAAGACAAUGUACGAGGAUUACAUUCUUCUGCAAGACUGGUUUGUGGCACCUCAUUUGCUGACUGUACUCCUGGCUGCUUCAGACAAGAUCCAUAGCUCGAGAUGUAAGACCCAGAGUCGCCUUUAUUUGAAAGAACUACGCAAUUUCACGAUGUGGGCAGCUCAGAUGUUCGACUCGGCUGCCAAGAUUCCAGUAGGCGUUCUAGCAGGAAACCAGUACCACCUGGGACAUUACGACGAAUGCGUGGAAAUAUCGCUGGACGCCGGAGAGACUUUCGGCGGAAUGCUAGAAGGACAGUACUGCUUAGCAGAAAUACAAUUUGACACCGCAAUUUCUCUGGAAGCAGACCCUUACACCCUCAACUACGACCCCAAGUCCUCUGCUUUUGAAAAGAUUAAGUACAAACACGACCCAUCCAAAGUACGACGUGACGUCAUGCACUGGGCUUUGUGUACGCCCGCUUCGUGUUCUCCGGAGGAACUGAACGAGGUUUUGAAACAAGAGAUCACCAAGGUCGGCGAAUCUCACGGCAUCCAAUUCACGUCCCACAUAUCUCACGAACUUUGUCACACUUUGGACCACACACAGACCUUAUCAGCUGGGGAUAUUGGCUACUUGUUUGUUCUGAUAUCACUUAUAAGUUUGCUCGUGUCCAGCACAUUGUACGACUACAAAUUUACCACUGACCUGCCUGAGAAUAAAUUAGAACCAACUACGAAGAACCCGUCAAAAAUGGAGAAAAUAUUUUUGUGUUUCUCCGCGAGACGAAGCGUUAAGAAUCUUUUCACCCGAAAUUCCAUUCAUCCAGCUCUUGAAACAACUCACGGUGCCAGAGUAUUUUUCAUGCUGAUGAUAAUUAUGGGACACAGGAUUAUUACAUAUGGAGGUCAUCCUCUAUUCAAUGCUGAAGCCGAGGAAAGGCUUUUUCGGAGCCUACCAUCUAUGUUACUGGGUAAUGGACCGGUUGUUGUAGACGGUUUCUUUACCCUGAGUGGAUUACUGUUGUCAUAUUCGUUAUUAGAGUCCCAGAGCAAAUCAAAACGAAUCAGCUUAGCAAAACCGGUCCUUGUACGUUUCUUCAGAUUGACACCAUCGUAUAUGAUGUUGGUGUUCUUCCAUGCCACCCUCCUGCACCACAUGGGAUCUGGCCCUUUCUGGGACGUCACAGUGGGGCGUGAGCAACGGCGGUGCGCGACUAACUGGUGGUCUAACCUUCUCUAUAUCAACAACUACAUCAACGUCCGUGAAAUGUGCAUGUUCCAG